CUCUGUCCCCCCCCAAGUGCCACUUGGUGGCACUGUUGGAAAAGGUUUCUUUGCUGGGUGCCUGCCUCCCUGUCGGGUUCCAGAAGUGGGAGUUUCUGGAAGGAAUCACGUUAAUCUUGGCAUCACUAUAUCCUUAUUUUUUCUACCUUUGUUUGAUUUUCUCUUUAUCCACCAUUCAAGCGCCCCCGGGCAGCCUCCUCCCCGGUGUCAGUCACUCGGAUCGCUUGCUCACCAAACACAUUCGCCAAAGACAAGAGUCCCGGGCGUUCCUUGGGCAUCACCUUAAACUAAAUCCUGCAGCACUAAAAAUAGCCUUUUCUACUUAAUUCCUCUAAAAUGCGUCUGCAGGUGGGGCAAGCUUAGGAAGGAUCAUGUCUUAACUCCAGAGAACAGCAUCAGAGCCGAAGUUAAUGAGAAAGAGACAAAUGAAGACAGGGGGAUGACAGUGUAAUUGGGCGCAAGAUGCGGCACCCUGCUGAUGGGGUGUCUCCUCUGCGAGGUGCGGGCCGUGACUUUCGGCUGUAUAUAAGGCUGCUGAGAGCGGGGCCGCGCCAGAUCGCGCUCCCGAGGCCGGCGCUUCUGCUCCUGCCCAGGCUGCCUCAACUUUGUGGGGAGAUGGCCCAGCUCCAGGAAAACAUCAAUGGCAUCAUCGCUGUUUUCUACAACUAUGCCAGAAAGGACGGUGACUGCAGCGCCCUGAGCAAGGGGGAGCUGAGGCAGCUCAUCGAGCAGGAGUUUGCAGACGUGAUAGUGAACCCCCAUGACCCCAACACCAUCGAGAAGGUGCUGCGCUUCUUGGAUGAAGACAGCAAUGGCAAGGUUGAGUUCAGUGAGUUUCUCAGCCUGGUUUUCCGGGUGGCCAAGGCUUGCUACAGGCAGCUCGAGCAGUGCCAGGCACCAGAAGAUGGACAGGAGACAACGGUGCAAGAGAAGGCAGGUGGGGUGCCAGAGCCACGCGUGGCAGGGACGGCAGCCCCCCAACAGCAGGACCCUGAGCAGCGGGUGAGCAAUCAGGUGCAGGAGGGUGCAGCAACCAAGCAGGAUCGGGACACCCAACAUACCCAGAAGGCUGAGACACCAAAGAAGGACCAGAACACCAACCAGGAUACCAAGAAGGGUGAGACACCAAAGAAGGAACAGGACACCAAUCAGGACACCAAGAAGGGUGAGACACCGAAGAAGGAACAGGACACCAAGAAGGGUGAGACACCAAAGAAGGAACAGGACACCAAUCAGGAUACCAAGAAGGGUGAGACACCAAAGAAGGAACAGGACACCAAUCAGGAUACCAAGAAGGGUGAGACACCGAAGAAGGAACAGGACACCAAGAAGGGUGAGACACCAAAGAAAGACCAUAACACCAAUCAGGACACCAAGAAGGGUGAGACACCAAAGAAAGACCAUAACACCAAUCAGGACACCAAGAAGGGUGAGACACCAAAGAAAGACCAUAACACCAAUCAGGAUACCAAAAAGGGUGAGACACCGAAGAAGGAACAGGACACCAAUCAGGAUACCAAGAAGGGUGAGACACCAAAGAAGGGCCAGGACACCAACCAGGAUACCAAGAAGGGUGAGACACCAAAGAAGGGCCAGGGCACCCAUCAGGAUGACAAGACCAAGGCGCCAGAAAGGGAUCCAAAGAGUGGUGAGAUCCUGUAUACUGAGACCCCAGAGCAAGACGGAAAUACUCAUAAAGCUGCAAAACAGAACCCAAUAAGCCACCAGGCCCAAGAGACAAAGGCAUCAAACCCCAAUCACAGCCCGGAGACAAAGCCAGCAGAGCAGAACCCGAGCUGUUCCUCUGGGACACCAGGGAAAGACACAAACAAGACCCAGGUCUGCGAGACCUCUCGGCAGGAUCCCAACCCAGGUGAGACCCAGAAGCUGCUGCCCCCAGGGUGGGGUGGGAGCCCCCAUCCAGAUCCCAAGCCCUGGGGAACACCCGACAACCAGGCUCAACCUCCAUUCCCCAAACCCAAGGUGCAGGACAACAGCGGGGCUGAGGCUCAGCCUUUUCUGGGACAGCAGCAACAGGGCAGUCACGGCAAAGGACAACACCCUGGGGAGCAGCAGCACUUGCAGCCUCAGUGGCCACCACAGCAGUGAAGGCUGAAACCCUGUGCAACCAAGG